ACAUUAGGAGCACCUAACCCAGCUGAGUCAGCCGUGCCAGCAGCCGACGUCACACCAUCCAACACUGCUUCAAAUGGGGACGCGAAUCGUCUUCGCGGCGCUAUUCGGUUUCAAUGCCGCGGCGCUUAUUCUCCUCGCGUCAAUCUCGCUGCUGUAUCUUCCUCGCUCCCAUGCCACCUCCCUCUCUCCUACCGAGUGCGAAGCUCUAGGAUUCACGGGCCUUGCUCUCUGCUCGGAUUGCGACCAGCUCGCCACUUUCGUGAAAGACGCCAAGCUCGAGGCGGAGUGUCGCAGCUGCUGCGUCACUGACGAAGACAAGUCCACCCAGCAGUAUGCAUCGGCAGUGCUGGAGGUGUGCAUGAGGCGCGUGCAGUGGAUGCCCGUCGUGUCAGAAUUCAUCGAAACUAAGGCCACCGACUAUCCCAAUCUGCAGGUCCGCUAUCGAAUCAACGCCCUCCCCAAGCUCAUCAUGAAGGACGCAGACGGGAAGAGCGCUGACGUCAUCAGGAUUGAGAACUGGAAGCUAGAGCACAUUGAACAGUUUCUUAAGGAGAAACUCACUGCUGGUACCACCACCAGUGCUGCUGCUUGACAGACCCUACUGCCACAGCCGCAUGAUGGUCUUAAAAAUCUCAUGAAAUCAUUAUCACACACCAGUAUUUGAUUCUCAUCACGAGGUCGUGUUACAAUCAGGGAUCUUGUUUGCAACACAGUGGGGAAAUGACAGGUCACACACAGUCUCACAGGGCAAAUUAGUGCCGGUAUCUUGUCAGCAUUGGCCUUCGGGCAUAUUCCUACGUAAUUGCAUAAGC